GCCGCGCGAGUGAUUAAUGAUAAACACACGGAAGUAUUGGUUACAGGUUUUCAAGACAAAAUUCUUGUUGUGAUCACGCAAUAUGGAAAAGUUGGCAGUCUGAUACACGUCACAUUGGGUUCACUUUCUACGACUUCUCAAACUUUAACUCCUGUUACCAAUGUCAAUUUUAUCCUUGGUUCCCCUUCCUCGUUGUACCAAAUAUACGCGUCACAUAUUGCAUCUAUAAUAAAGAAGGAGAGUCCGAGCGAAGGAAGAUCUGUGGUAGUGGGUCUUGCGUUGAAAAAAAAUGUUGGCACUGAGGAGGAAGAAAUAAUUGACAAAGAACUAUUCGAUCAAAUUGAAAUUAUGGUUAAGGAAUGUAGAGUGUGGUAA